AUGGAGGAUGUACGCCUACAGUCGACACGUGCGGCUUUUCUGCUAUUUUGCCCCAAUUGUUGUUGCGAGAAACCUCGCGAGCUGGUGAGAGUUGCAGUGGCUGGAAAAAUGGGGCAAUUAUGUGACUUCUGUUCGGAGCAGAGAUCCAUGGUCUAUUGUAGAUCAGAUGAUGCUUACUUAUGUUUAACGUGUGAUUGGAACAUUCAUUCUGCUAAUGCUCUUUCCAGGCGCCAUUCGAGGACACUUGUCUGUGAGCGAUGCAAUUCUCAGCCUGCUGUAGUCAGAUGCAUCACAGAGAAUGUAUCACUUUGUCAAAAUUGCAACUGGAAUGUACAUGGAGACCCUACUUCAGAUACAGGGCACAAAAGGCGAACAAUCAAUUGUUAUUCUGGAUGCCCUUCUGCGAGUGAGCUUUCAAGGAUUUGGUCAUUCUUUUCGACGGAUGAUUCUAGUUGUAAGCAUGAAAUAGGUUCAAUGAGUCUGGAAAAGGAAGAUCAAAGCCUGUUGCACUGUCAACUUAUGCCUAUUGAAUACAGAAGAACAGAGGAUGCUAUGGAUCCCAUGACUUCUGAUGCUGAUGGAUUUUGUGGAAAUGAAUCCUUGGGUCUUCUCAACAAGAAGCAUUGUAGGGGAAUGGAUCGCUUGUUCAAAUGUCCAAUUCCCCUGCAUUUAUGCUACUUUUGGCUGUUGCUGUUGGUAGACUGGGGGCUAAUUGCUAAGAAGGCAUGUUUGUCUAGCACAAAUGGUCUCAUUGCUUCCGCUGAUGAUCUCUACAAGGACUUCAACUUCUCAGAUAUUGACUUGAGUUUUGAUAACUUAGAAGAGCUCUUUGGUGGAUCACUUGGUACACCGCAACAGCUUUUCGAGUUUGAUGGACUAGAUAGCUUGUUUGAAAAUCCAACUUUAUGUUGUGCUGAAAUCAAUAAGGCAGCACGCAGCAAUCCAGUAGUCGCCGAUUCUGUGACAAGCUGUAGAACUGAUCCAAACAAUGGCUUUCCAAGACAAGCACAUUCUAAUCUGUCAUUUUCAUUCUCUGGCCAGACUGGUGAGAAUAGCACGGGAGAUUACCAAGAGUGUGGCAUGUCUUCAAUGUUUAUGUUGGGGGAACCUCAAUACCUUAUCUCCUGUCCGGAAAGUCAGUUGCCAUCGGCCAGCAGGGAUUGUGCUGUCUUGCGGUACAUGGAGAAAAAGAAGUUACGCAAGUUUGGUAAAAAGAUAAGAUACCCUAAACGCAAGGCCAUGGCUGACGUUAGGAAACGUGUCAAGGGGCGUUAUGUGAAAGCUGGAGAUCCAUAUGAUUAUGACCCUUUGUGCCGUACAAGCUGCCACUGA